ACUAGUCGUCCAACCAUCCCCCUCCUUCUCCCUCUUUUCCAGACUCCCUCUCUCUCUCUCUCUCUCUCACUCAGUCUUCCAGACCUCCCUCUUUCCCUUUCUUUCAUACUCACUGCUCUCCAGAGUUUCAUUCUGACUGGUCUGUGUCUGUCAGUGGUGAAUAUUUCUGCCUCCUGCCUUCUCCGUGUCACAUUCCAGCUUCUAGGGCACAGCGUCCUCCUGACAUGGGUUAUAAAGAGAAGCACAGCUCUAGUAUGCAUCUGCACUCGGCGCUAUGACCACCUUUUGCCACCAGUGAAUUUUUUGAAUUGUUUUGAAUAGGCAAACAGACUCUCCAGGAGAGUUUACCUUCCUUCUUUUUGCUCCCUUCUUUGAGACCUUUUGGACUUGUAUGGAUUCUCAUUUAUACAGAAAGCUCACUUAUGCACAGUGGAAUACUCAAAUGAAACAGUCUUUUACGGCUUCAGCUCAGAUGUGUGCAUGGACAGAAUACAAUGGUGUGACCUUAAAGUUCGCAUAGAUGGACCACUAUGUAUCGACACACUCCAGUACCACACAAUAACUGAUCCAUAGUCUGUUCGUGUAUGAAAUGGUUACAGCUUUCCUCAAUGAAAGGCAAGCCACUACCGAGGAGAUGGCUUUAGUGAGCAAUGCACUGGCUGCUUACUCCUUCAUAGCAGAUCACCCGGAACGGGCGGCACUGUAUUUUGUGUGUGGAGUGUGUUUGGGACUGGUUCUCACUCUCAUCGCGUUAGUGGUGCAGAUCUCCUGUCGAACCGACUGCAAAAGGCAGCAAGCGCCCAGGAAAACAGGAAAGACUGCGGAGAGCACCAGUGACACGAGCGACAGCGAUUCAGACUGGGACAAUACCUCCGACCUGUCAGCACGCCGCCACCGGCGCUUUGAACGGACGCUCGGUAACGUGUUUACCUCCGCCGAGGAGCUGGAGCGCGCGCAGAGAUUGGAAGAACGCGAGCGGAUUAUACGGGAGAUCUGGAUGAACGGACAGCCGGACAUGCCGGGCACACGCAGCCUGAACCGCUACUAUUGAAGUCGU